GUCUUCAGAUGACAAAUCCGGAAGUUGGUGACGUCUCAGAAAAACAAAGAUGGCAGGAAUGGGAAGCAGUAACUACUGGGAAGAUCUACGAAAACAGGCCAGGCAGUUGGAGAACGAACUGGACCUGAAGUUGGUGUCUUUCAGUAAACUGUGCACCAGCUACACCAGCUGCAGGGAUGGACGACGAGGAGACACGUCUGACACUACACCGUUGCUCAACAACUCUACCCAGGACAGGAUGUUUGACACCAUGUCGGUGGAGAUGGAGCAGCUGCUGGCCAAGCUGACAGCAAUAAAUGACAAGAUGGUGGAGUACACCAACGCCCCGGGCACAGCGUCUCUGAAUGCUGCACUCAUGCACACGCUCCAGAGGCACAGAGAUAUCCUACAGGAUUACACACACGAAUUCCACAAAACCAAAGGAAACUUUUUAGCCAUUCGGGAAAGAGAAGACCUUUUAGGAUCUGUCAGAAAAGACAUUGAGAUGUACAAAAGUGGAUCUGGUGUCAACAACAGAAGAACAGAGCUGUUUCUGAAGGAACACGAGCACCUGAGAAAUUCGGACCGACUGAUGAAUGACACAAUAAGUAUUGCCAUGGCGACCAAGGAGAAUAUGACAUCCCAAAGGGGCAUGCUGAAGUCCAUACAGAGCCGAGUCAACACGCUGGCCAACCGUUUUCCAGCCAUCAACAAUCUCAUCCAGCGAAUCAACCUCCGGAAGAGACGGGACUCGCUCAUCCUCGGCACUGUGAUUGGCGUCUGCACCAUUCUCCUCUUGCUCUACGCUUUUCACUGAAUAUUAUUAAAGCAGAAGAUGGAUCUUUUCAUUGUAGUGUAGGACUCCCAGGAUAGUGAUCCGGUGGUUGAGGACCCUGGAGGCUCCUGAGCACAAAGACAGUAGGUUCACUUCAACCACCAAACUCCACCAACGGGAGCUACUGAACUUUGUAUCUAGCUUUGGGACAGAUGGACUACUUACUUUUGGGUGGAUCAUUCCCAUCAACAAGACACAGGAAACAAAAGUACUAAUUUUAAAAAUGUAUAUUAUAAUAACACACUCAAAGAGACAUUGUACCAAGAAAUGGAUGGAGAAACAUUUGAUUGUGUUUUUUUUUUUUAUUUUGUUUUUUUUCUUCCACAUUGGGAAUAUUUUUAUUUGAAUGGUCCUUUUUAAUUGAUGGUGCAAGAUGAAAAGCUCAUUCCGGGCUUUUAAAUGUGAGUCAAUAAAUUAUUCAUAUCCACUUA